AUGCUAAAGAAAUUCAAUGCGAUAUUCCGCCCGAAUCACCCACCGAAACACCGGGUAGCUGGUGAAGGACGCGACAAGGCGAGAGCGUGUGCCGUUAAGCUUGUGCGCAGUACUUCAAUGCUGAUCGUCGGCGAAAGUCGACAGAAGGUCGGCGAGUCAGUGUUAAAAAGAAGUAAGAGCUCGGUGAGCAUUGAAUCCACUGCCACAGCGAUUUACUUCUACAGACAGGAGGAUAGGAUGUGGCUCUACUCCAGAACCCAGGACUGUCUGCAAUACCUGGAAGACCUAAUGGCACUCAGGAGACAGUACGUGAAUAGUGUUCACAAUUUACAAACGGCCGGGAAAAAGGCAGAAGAAAAGCAAAAAGACUUUCCCAAUGCCUCUGGGACUAAGCGAAAAAAGGCACCGCCUCCGCCUCCACCCAAAGGCAGAUCAGAAAAUGAACAAGCCCGAACAUCCAACCCCACAGCCAUAACUAGUGAGGUGGAUACUUUGGAACUCCUGGAUUCUGUGAUUGCCAGUUAUGAUUCAGAGCAAAAAAAUAAAAUUCAUAUUGAUAAUGGUCAUGCUGAUGUUGACUUUAUUGUUGCAACCAGUACCAGUGAACAUGAUUUACAUUCUAACUGGAUGUUGCGUGCCCCCAGGACAAUAUCAACAGAUGAAUUCAAGGUUAAAACUCCUGGUCAUAAAUCUUGGAAAAAGACUGGUGGAAUGUCGAUAGGCAGCAAGAAGAAACUAGAACGAAACCCCAUUCAUUUACCCAAAGUAGCAGAGUGUGGUUUACAGACAUUACGAAUCAAAUCAAAAACAAAGGAUCAUUAAAGGGUAUAUACUUUAACUGCUUGGUUUUGGACAUCAU